CUGUUUAGUUGAGCUGACCGGAAAUCAGUUCACAGUAAACUGAGCUUUGUAUUUCUGCUCGUAUUACUAUUACAAACGUGGCUAAACUUAAGAAAACAUGGAUCAAGUGGGGAACAAGUAUUUGUGCCAGGAUUAUUUCAGCUUUGCAUUCCUCAAUGAACAUGCAGUUUGAGGAUGGUAUAUUCAUCAAAGAUUACAUCAGGAUAAUGGCGUAUAUGAUCGUGCUGUGUUUCACACUGGCGAUUUCAUUAUCGUUUUGGGUCCUUUCCAUAACUGCAAGCACAUACUAUGGUACUCUGCAGCCAGUAUCACCAUGGCGGUGGUUGUUCUCAGUACUUGUCCCUCUUUUCAUCACUACUCGAGCUUUGAAACGCAAGAAUCUUGACCAUGGUGGUGCCAUUGGAGCGAUGCUGGUUGGCUUUGUUCUUACUAUGGCCAACAUGAGCUUUUUUGGAGCUUUGUUCACAUUUUUUGUCACAUCCAGCAAACUAACCAAAUGGAAGGGAGACAUCAAAAAACAAAUUGACACAGAUUAUAAAGAAGGAGGCCAAAGGAACUGGUUGCAAGUUUUCUGUAAUGGUGGAGUUCCUACUGAAUUGGCCCUGCUCUAUAUGAUUGAAGCUGGUCCUGGAGAAAUACCUGUGGAUUUUGGGAAGCAAUAUUCUGCUUCCUGGAUGUGCUUAUCUCUCUUAGGAGCCCUGGCAUGCAGCACAGGGGACACCUGGGCUUCUGAGGUUGGUCCUGUGCUUAGUAGAAGAAAGCCCAGACUCAUCACUACCUGGAAAGAUGUCCCAGCAGGUACCAAUGGCGGAGUCACACUUGUUGGAUUGGUGGCCAGUGUUUUGGGUGGAGGCAUAGUGGGCACAGCGUACUACUUCAUGCAGCUUCUGUUGGUAAAAGAUUUACAUUUAGCAGUUCCUCAGUGGCCUAUCAUCUUGUAUGGAGCAAUAGCUGGUUUGUUUGGAUCUCUGCUGGACUCAUUCCUCGGUGCAACCAUGCAGUAUUCAGGAUAUGAUGAAUCCAUCGGGAAGGUUGUGAGCUACGAGUCACCAAAUGUUAAAAGGAUAAGUGGGAAACCCAUCCUGGAUAAUAAUGGAGUCAAUCUGUUCUCUUCUGUCCUAAUAGCGCUGUUCCUUCCUGGGUUUGCUUGGAUAUUCUGGCCUAGGCACUGAUUCAUGUGAUUUUAUUGUGUAUCAUGGCCCCUUUUUAAAAAACUCCCAAUGUGUUUGUUUCUUCACAUUAUAAUAAUAUUUUGAAAUGACUUUAAAGGGUAAAUGUGUAAUUCCCAACCUUCAGAUGAACCCACAGGUUAAUAUGUUAAUAUUCCAGUUUAGUUAUAUUAUCCUUGAAAGUCUGCCAGUGGCACAUACUGAGUCUAUAAGUAUUCCAUUAUGUGUGCUGCUGACUUUGGAAAGACUUGUAAUGGCAAAAGGGGCCGAUAUGUUUAAGCAUAUUACUGGAUAUAGUAUAUAGUCAUAACAGAUUACUGGAGUCAGGAGUAGUUUUUAGGCCACUCAUUACAUAUGCACUAUGCAAUUUGUGUAGUCCAGUUCUUGCAUUAUUUAGACAUUUGGGGUAAAUAUUUUUUCUGUUUUCACACCAAAAUGUAUGUCUUUGUAUUUGUGUCAGUGCCACUUCUUAAGUCCACUUUACAGAUGCAGGUUCUUGUGUUCCGUGUGUCGGAGAUCAACACAUUUAAGUAUUCCAUUGGAAUGUGUGUGUACUUUGUGGAAUAAAGUACUCUUACACUACAACGCAUGCUGGGUUCUUCAGCCAUUUAACUCUCCAUUUCUGUUUAAUGUCUUGAAUUUAAAAUGAUAAUAAUUAAAAUGAUUCUGAAUUAUG